UGCGCCCCUUCGCUUCUCUUUCCGACUUUCUACAAAAGAUGGCGUUUGUGCAAAAACCGAGUCGCUUGUGUUUGUUUGAACUCAUGAACCGCGGCCUGUGGAAGGCAGAGUGACGGAAAGUUAUAGUCAACCUUAGAAAAAUCAACAAAACACAACCAGAUAUGAAAUAAUAAAUAAUCGCCGUUUAGUUUCUACUCGGAUUAAAGGCCUACAGUCGGGCUGCUUGUUUAUGGAGCCGACGUUCGGUGAAAAAAACUACAUUUCCCAGCAGCACUUUCGAAAGGGUGUUAUAAACCCAACAUGGCCACCCAAUCAGAACAGAAAGUAAACCAGGCCAGAAGCCGUACAGAUGCUUCAUCUUCGUCACCUGAGUCGUCUCUGUCCUGGUGUCUGAUCCAACUGAACAAGUCCGUCCCCAGAGCAGGCGCCUUGCCCGAGACCAAACCCUCCAGAGAGGCGGAUAAGCGCCUCCGGACGGGUCAGUGGAGGGCUCUGGUGGCCCUGCGCACUCACCACAUUAAAGGAGGGAGCAGCAGGAUCGGGCGGUACCAGGCGCAGGGUGGAUUGCUCCCCCUACUGGCUAUCCUGCGCAGACCAGAGAGCUCUAGGAAAGUCCUGGACCUGACCCUCAGCAUUCUGGCCAACUGCUGCACGGAGAAGCAGACACGAGCCGAGGUGCGGAGGCUGGACGGCGUUUCUCUCGUAGUGGAGGUCCUGAAGAGACAUGCGUCAGUGGAGACGGUGGAGAACCGAGCAGCUCGUGCUUUGGGGAAUCUCGCUAUGGACCCUGAGGGAUCUGCGCAGGUUCACUCGGCAGGUGGUGUUCCUCCUCUGCUCCUCUGCCUGUCCCUGUCCAGCUCCCCCUCAUCUCCAUCCUCUCCCUCCACGGUACCUGCUCCACCUCCAGCUGUGUCAUCAUCCACACUGGAACGUGCUCAGUCAGCUGCUCGCGCUCUGUUCUACCUCUCUGACACGCCCUCCAACCGUUUCUCUUUGCUCUCCCAGGGUGCCCUGCGAGCUUUCGUGCUCUUUCUUGCCCCUGAGUACCCCCUGGGGCUGAGGAGGGCGUGUCUCCGCACUCUUCACGAGCUGACGCGUGGCUGCGGCGCCGCAUGCGCACGAGAGGUGUCCAUCUCAGGAGUGUUGUCUCAGCUCGGCCCACUGGCAUCAGGAGAAGGAGGCGGGGCUCUGGAGGAGCUGGCGCUAAAGACACUGGCUAAUCUGUGCUCUCAGGGCUGCCUGCGCCCCCUGGUGGGCUCGCUGGGCGUCAUUCAGAAGUUCAUAGAGGAAGCAAAAAAGGAUCCUUUGAAAUCCAGCAUUCUGUUCAAGGCUCUGUGUUUGUGCUGCAAAGAGGCAGUGAACCGUGCGAAGGUGAAGGAGAACGGAGGACUGGAGGUGCUGAUCCGCUUCCUGUCCACAUAUCAGAACCAUCCUUUGACCAGAUUGGCCAUCUUGGCCUGUGUGGACUUCAUGUACGACGAGGCGGCUCUGGAGCAGCUGCAGGAGCUCGGCCUGGUCCCGCUCCUGGUCCAGCGCCUCGUGGACGUCACCCGGGGAGACGACUUCAAGAUGGACAGCGGGCUCUCUGCGAGCGCACAGUGCUCCGAGCUCAGCUCUUGUUUCGACUCCUUUGAUUUUCCUCUUUCUGACGGGAGCCGAAAGGAGGACGUGGGGAAGGAGCAAAGUUCUUCUAGCUUUCUGAGCCUCAGGUCCUGGCUGCUCUCUGAGGGUUUUAUCUCUUCAGAAGUGGAGCUGAAUUCGCCCUGUGGUUCAGAUGGAGAUUCAGGUUCUCCUUCUCUCACCUGCUCUUCUUCCUCUUCCUCCUCUCCAUCCUGGUCCUCUUCACCAUCUCCUCUAGCUCCUGAUGGUUCUCCAUCUCCAGCUCAACAGAAACCCGUCUCGUCUCCUUGUGCUCGUCCCAGAGCCUGUCGUCUGCCCGUCCCUGUGAGUCCUGCGUCUCCGAGUCUUCAGCCGACGCUCUGCGCCUCCACCCCACAAACCAAACCCCCCGUUUCUCCCUGUAAAGUCUCGUCCCCCCCGAGGAAGCGAGCUCGCACGUCUUCCGUGUCCUCCUCCGCGUCUCGCUUCAGCCUCGUCUCCUUGGAAGCCCCUCCGGCGAUACCGAAGACGCCUGUGUACCAGCACCCGUACCACCCCGAGCCGUGGGCACCAGAGUCUCCCAUACUGCUGCUGCUCUCCCGCUUCUCCCACGCCACAGACCCGAGCGCCACUCUCGUCACCGCGCCCGUCUUCUCCGCCCUGCUCUACUAUCUGACGCAGCACCGCGAGCCGAGCGGACGCUGCAGCCGCAUGCUGGUGAGAAUCAGCUGCAACCUGAACUGCCUGCAGCCGCUGGUCCGCACCGGCGCCGUCGCUCUCAUCAGACACCGCCUCUGUCUCCAGGAGCGAGAUCGACCGGGGGACACGGAGAGACAGUCGGACAGAGUGAAGGCUAAAAUCAGACAGCUAGGUGAGGGGCUGCUGAACAACCUGCGUGUCCAGAGCGAGACAGGAUUCGGUUCUGGAGUUCUGACCCACAUGGUCCUGUCGGGUUCAGAGAGCGAUAAACUCCACUGCGUCCUCUGUCUGCCGCUGAUCAUCAGUAACCGAGUCCUUCUGAAGAAGCUGUUUUUGGACAGCGGUGGUCUGAUGUCAGCUCUCCAACCUCUAGUGUGUCUGGACGGAGACGAAGGUGACGGUGCUGAUAAAUGCAAAUCCUUUCUUUCUGCUUGGAUCUGUCCUCCUGAAAAGGUGUGCGCUUCCAGGUAUCACUCUCUCUACGCGGCUCUCCUGAUCGGCUGCCUGUCUAGUCUCCUGGCGGGGUCAAAGGUCGAUCUGGACAGGCGAGAGUGCCACGGGGUUUUGGAAAAGCUGCAGCAUCUAGAUUCGGAUUCUUCUAGCUGUCUGUGUCCUUAUCAGACAUCCAACUAUGACCUGAACUUCCUGUUGGAUGACGGGAGUCUGCUUCCGGCCAGUCGGGGUGCGGUUUCGGGGGAGGCGGGCGUGGCUGAGGCGGAGUCCGAAUAUUUCCGUGCGUUACUGACAGGCAAGUUUGAUGAAGCUCAGAGGUCCAGCGGAGAUGGCGUUCACAUCCGGGACGUGAGCCGAGGAAUGCUGCUGCCUGUGCUACAUUAUCUUCAUGGUUGUAGGAUGACCGGAGAUGGAGCUGGACGCUGCCUCAUUCUGUCCUCGCUGGUCUCCAGGGAUCUGAUGGGACACACAGUGUUUCAGAAGACUCCUCUCGCCGAGGCGAUGAUAGGAGCCAGUCGCUUUCUGGUCCCUGGAUUACAGACGACAGUCGAGGACCUGUGUGUGUCCAUCUUGUCUUGUCUGGUGUCCGAGGUGGAGGAUCGGUGCCGAUCAAAGACUCGGAAAAUCCAUCGUGCUGCCAACACCGUGGCCGAGGACGGCAAGGACGGCGCUCUGCUCUCCAUCCUGCCUCAGGCUUACUGGUUCUCCCAGCGCUACUCCUACUCCCGACUCGGAUUGUCCUGCUUGUCCCUCCUGCUGUGUGCUCAGCUGCCUCCGUCCGUCUCCUCCGACUGUCUCCUCCGUCUGGUUCAGCAGGCCGACAGCACAGAGAGCCUACGCCAGGACCUGCUGAGCCUCGCCACCGUGGCGCUGAGCUAACGCCGCUCUCUGGAGCUCCAGUCAGUUAGGAGCGACAUUCCAGACGACUUUCCGUAUGAUAACCGCAGCUGAAGCUUUUCCUCUGACUGACGCCUGCACAUGAGCGAAUGACUGAGCACACGUUAGGUCUGAUCACACUGAACGUUUUUGCACUAAUAAAAGUUAAAUCUUCCUAAACAACGUGGUCUUACUGCCGUGACGCUACGCUUCAUGUAGGAUUCGGUCUCCAGUUCGGUCAUCAGCCAUCAGCCAAUCAGAUAAGACUUCAUAAUGUUGGCCCUCAGUCCACACUGAAUGUAGGAGACACUGACUCUUGUCCAUCAGAUCUGCUCGUGAACCAGGGAUGAUUGACAGCUCUAUAUUAUGUCCAGUAUUUAAUGGAGCCCCGCCCCUUUCGUUCUUUAUUAGUACUGUUUAAUUUAGUCACGUUGUUUCCUUCCCUUUCUGACAUCGUACAGAGAAAAUGGUUUGUAUCGAAUCUCCUGUAAAAGGAAGUGGGCGUGUCGGUGUGGGCGUGGCCUUAGUGACCGAGUCCGAGUCAGGUUUACCUUCAUUUCAGCUGUCUAACGAAUGUAACGGCUUUUCCUUUUCUUUUCUUUUUUUUUUUUUUUUCCUGGGAGACGAGUGUCAGAAUUCCUUGUGAAUAAACCUCAAUAAAGGAAGAGUUAGAGAUUUAUUUGUGGACCUGAGAACAACAUAAAAGUUUAUAUUUUAUAUAUAUAUACAUUUCUUGUGCAUUAACAUGGCUUAACAUAUUUGUCUUUGAAUUUUGUGGCUUUUUUCCUUUUUUGUUUGUAAAAUUAGUCAUUCCUUGGUGUGUGUGUGUGUGUGUGUGUGUGUGUGUGUGUGUGUGUGUGUGUGUGUUUAACAUAACCUUAAGCAAUGCCUUGUUCUAUGGGUCUGUAAUAUAAGAUAAAUAUCAUUGAGUGACUUUAUUUCUCCCACAUAUAUGUUGUGAUAUAAAAUAAUCUCCACACUGAUGUAUUGUGUGCUGCUGUACAGUGUACAGUCACGUCAGGGAUAGAGGAAAGUUUACCUUCUAUUUUUCAUUCCUUUAUUUUGUACACACACACACACACACACACACAGUGCAGUAAGUGUCAUGAACAGAAUAAUCUCAGAUGUUGGCAUUGAGCUCCACAUCUAGACGAAAUCAGUGUUUCUGUGUGAAAUCUGUAAAAUAAAAACACCUGUAAAAGC